AUUUGGCCCUCCAGCCGGCCCUCGAAAACUGCGGAGAAGCCUGGUCUUUGUGCCUUAAACGAUUCCGCAUGUCAUGCCGCUUUCCCCUCCCGCCCUUUUCCAGCUCGCUUCAUCUCAAUAAUCCCGAGACAACUGCCAGCUGAGCUCAGCUUCGUGCACGGUGCAAAUAGCGCUGGGGCCGGGCAACAUGACUCACAAUGUCGAUGGUGAUGGCGCAUCAAGUGCCACGGCAAGUGAGUCGGAGUCCGAGCGCAGCGCUCGGCUUGCGACUGAUGAGCCUGAAGGAACGGUCAUUUUCGAGCUGUUCGGUCGCAAGGUCAUCCGGCAUGGCGACAAGGCAACCAAGAUCAAUCCAGACGGCAUCAAACAAUCCGAAAUAGACGUGAUGCGCUUCGUUCGAGAGCGCACUACGAUCCCGGUGCCGCAUGUAUACGAAUUCUCGCCUACGUCCAUCACCAUGGAUUAUGUGGAAGGUUCAACGCUGCAGAAAGCGUGGAACGGCCUCUCCAAGACUGAGCAGACUGCCAUUUGUGCUGAACUCCGCGACUACCUCGGCCAGUUGCGGGAAAUCAAAGGCUCGUACAUCGGCGCUUUCGGCCGGGGCCCAGCCGUCGACUCGCGACACUUUGCCUUUGAGGGAGGGCCCUUUGCUACAGAGGCCGAAUGGAACGACUUUCUUCUCGAAGGCCUCGUGAAAACGUGUCCAGCCGUCAUGCGGAGCAUGGUGCAUAGCCAGCUGCGGACGGAUCACGACAUCGUGUUGACGCACGGUGACUUGGUCGCGACAAACAUUCUCGUUCGUGAUGGCCACAUUGUAGCACUCAUCGACUGGGAGCGGGCGGGGUUCUAUCCCGAGUACCUGGAGAUGGUUAAGCCGCUCCGAGGUCCGGAUUGGCGGAUCGGCUACUACAACGCUUUCCCUGACCUCUUUCCUCGCAGGUAUGACGCGGAAUAUUUGGUGGACCAGUUCAUUGGCCGCAUAUCAAGGCGCUGAGCGAACAGAUCAAUACCUUAUGCUUCCCUUUCUCGCGCGGAGCUGAAACCAUCGGUUCGCUCACAUCCUUGGGGCUGUGUAUGGCAGAGAACAUUCAGGGAAAAGAAAU